AUGUCUUCCAACAUUCCUGCCAUUGUGUUCACCGAUUGGGAUGGUACUGUGACCCUCCAGGACUCCAACGACUACUUGACCGAGAAUCUCGGUUUCGGUCGCCCCAAGAGAUUGGAGGUCAACGACGAGAUCUUGUACGGCAAGAAGAAUGUUGGCCUCGAUUCCAACUCCUUUCCCGAGUGCAUUGACUUCUUGUUGAAGAACAUUCAGCUCGAUCCUGGUUUCAAGGAAUUCUUCCAGUGGGCCGACUCUAGAGGGAUCCCCGUUGUCGUUGUGUCCAGCGGUAUGACCCCAAUUAUCCAUGCCUUGCUCGAGAGAUUGGUUGGUGCUGAGGCUGUCAGCAAGAUAUUGAUCAUGUCGAAUGAUGUCAAAAUUGACGAGGCUGCUGGCAAAUGGAACAUUGUCUACAAGCACCCUGAGAGUGGUUUUGGCCACGACAAAUCUCUCUCUAUCAAGGAGUACUUGACCGACAAGGGCUUCAAUGAGUCCAACAUGCCACCGUUGUUCUACUGUGGCGAUGGUGUCAGUGAUUUGUCCGCUGCUAAGGAGACCAACUUGUUGUUCGCCAAGCACGGCAAGGACUUGAUCAAGUACUGCAGAAGGGAAGACAUUCCUUACACUGAGUUCAAUGACUUUGCUGAGAUCCUUGCUAAGAUCAAGUCUAUUGUCGACGGCGGCAAGAGCUACAAAGACUAUAUCGAGAAUUAA